UUAAAAGCUGACUGAAUGUUGUACCGCGCUGCAUUGAUUUUGGAUAUUUAGAAAUCUAUCAGGAUGGCAGCAGCUAUGCCAAGCUAGAAGGUGCUGCACAUCCAUAUUAUGCUUUCUAUGUUAAUAUUUGCAGGCAAUCAUCUUCAUCGCUAUUCUAAGGUAUUAGAGGCACAUCUAGGGGACCCCAAACCCCGCCCUCUCCCAGCCUGUCCACAUUUGUCCUGGGCAAAACCACUUCCUCUUAAUGAAACAGCUCCCAGUAACCUGUGGAAGCAUCAGAAACUGCUAUCUAUAGAUCUGGACAAGGUGGCUCUACCAAACUUCCGAUACAAUAGACCACAAGUGAGACCUCUGUCCCCUGGAGAGAGUGGUGCAUGGGACAUUCCUGGAGGUAUCAUGCCUGGACGUUAUAAUCAGGAUGUAGGCCAGACCAUUCCAGUUUUUGCUUUCUUGGGUGCAAUGUUUGUUCUGGUAUUCUUUGUGGUCCAAAUAAACAAGGCUAAGAGCAAGCCAAAGAGAAGGAAACCUCGAGUGAAGCGCCCUCAGCUCAUUCAACAAUUCCACCAAAUAAAGACUCCGUCUGUCUAAGUAGCUACAUCAUGAUCUGCUAAAAGCUGAACCGGUUGGACACUGUGCACGGCCAGCUCUGCACUGAAAAAGCAGCCUUAUUGCAGCUCUUAGCACCGGCAAUUGACCCUCGUCAAGGGGCAGGAGUGUUCCAAAGACUCAAUACAUUUUAAUGGGCUCUAAAGUGGACUUUCCUAUAGGAAAAUAUACAGAUCUCAAUUACUGACCAAACUGAAGCUUGGUGGGAAUCAUUUUUUUUAUAUUUAUUAUGUAAAGGAAGUCCCUUUUUUAAGGGCUAAUUUCUACCAAAAAAAGACAUUGGGUGGAAUGCAAUGUUGUACAAGAACCUGUGCUCAGCACAAACCAAAUCAAGAUGGGGAAUAUUUUAAUAGGUGUUCAGUUGUUCACCCCAAUCAGUGACUUUUAUUUUUAUAAAGAUCUCUGCCAGUUUUGUAAAUUUUGGUCAUUAUUUCACCAUUGUUGGUGGAGUGAGUUUUCAAUAAAUAUGCAUCAUAUAAUGAAGCAAAACCUA